AUGGAUAAAAAGACACCAAAAGAACGGCCGAAGCAAGUGGCAGGAGUGAGUGUUGAGGCGCAUACCGUUCUUACCGUUGAGCACGUGCACGGCCACGGUGACUGCGGCCAGGCUGCCCACGGCGCACGUGUAGUUGCCCGAGUGGGCGCGGAGGGCGCGCGCCACCGUCAGCGUGGACACCACCGCCCCCGCCGCCGCGCUGGCGUUCACGCUGCGCACACCACACAGCAUUUGCAUUUGCCACACGUCUCAUGCCCUUCAAGUGGCUCUCGCCACUGCGGUUUCCAAGCCAAGGAUGUAACUCGCGUGCCCGCACUGCCCCGCCGCUCCCGCUUCUCCUUCCCCCUCGACCCCCACGACUUCCGGACGGGCGUGGACGGCGCUGAGAGUGCCCGACUGCGAUGGCAGCAUUGUGACUUGCACACACAGAGCGUCGUCAUCGGCUCAGAGGCUUCCUCAGCGUUUUUGAGGUGCACUAGGAAAACGUCCACUCGCACAGUCGAGACGCCGCAGUUGAACACACAUAAAACAAAAAUGCGCCAUUGUUUUGACCAUUCACUGCGCGUAACUAAAGGCAAGCCGAACAAGAACUUAGACACUCGGCAAGGGAGCUUAGAAGCAAAAAGCAGGGGGCUUACCUGUGACCCUGAGGUGCACCUGCCGCACGCGCGGCGGGUGCGUGGCCACCUGGCACUCGUACAGCCCCUCGUCGCGCCGCGUCACGUACACGAUCUCCAGGCGCCAGUUGCUGGGGUAGCGGAAGCUCAGGCGGAUGCGCUGGUCCGAGCUGUACUCCACCUUCCCCACCGUCAGCAGGUGCAUCGAGUCCGCCUUGCGGUGCAUCCACGUCACCUGCGCACGCCCACGCGCACGCGCACGCGCACGCGCCAGUCAGCCACUCGCACGCCAGCCCCUGCGCAAGCGCACCGAGCACACUCGCGCUCAGCCAGUGCCAGUGACCGCAUGGCAGGCGAUUUACGCUCAUCGCUGAAGCGUACUGCUGAAUACUGGAGGCGGGGCGGGUGGAAGGGCAAGUGGAAAGGCGGGUGGCCGUGCGGCGGCAGGCGGGGUGGCAGGGCGGGUGGCAGGGAGGGUGGCAGGGCGGGUGGAAGGGCGUUGCGGGCGGUGGCAGGCGGGUGGCAGUGGCGGGUGGCAGCGUGGGGCAGGGGGGUGGCAGGCAGGUGGCGGGCGGUGGCGGGCAGGGGCGGGACGGGCGGCGUGGCGUGCGGGUGGCCGGGCGGUGCAGGGGGUGGGCAGGCGGGUGGCUGGGCGGGUGCGGGCGGGCUCGCGUGGCGGUGCGUGGCGGUGUGCUUGGCGGGUGGAGGGCGGUGGCAGGCGGUGGCUGGGACGGUGGUGGCAGGUGGCGGGGCAGGUGGGGGCGGGGGGCGUGCGGGUUGGCUGGCGGUGGCCGGGCGGGGUGCAGGGCGGAGGCGGCGUGGGCGCCCGGCUGAGAACGAGGCGCGGGUGGGUGGUGGCGGGGACCUCGUGAAGAGGAGGGCGGGUGGUGUAGUUAUUUUACCUUUCCUGCUCGCGCUCGCCCUGGCCGACCACCGGCGCUCGCUUGGGCGCUGA